CAUGGUUCCACACCGGAAAGAUUUCAAUGCGACACUGUAAUUCUCGUCGUCAUUCAUCUUGGGUUAUCGGAACACAGAGACGAGGGUGUACAGCAGUGGGAUAAAGAUCCUCGCCAUGGAGUUGGCUCACAGUCUGCUUCUCAAUGAAGAUGCUUUGGCUCAGAUCACUGAAGCAAAGAGGCCGGUCUUCAUCUUUGAAUGGCUCCGCUUCCUGGAUAAAGUGCUUGUGGCAGCAAAUAAGGUGGAUGUGAAAGAGAAGCAGAAAAAACUGGUAGAGCAGCUAACAGGACUGAUCAGCAGUGCCCCUGGACCACCGACCAGAAAACUUUUAGCUAAAAACCUUGCUACUCUCUACAGCAUUGGUGACACAUUCACUGUUUUCCAGACUCUGGAUAAAUGCAAUGAAAUCAUUAAAAGUAAAGAUGACACACCUGCACACUUGCCAACAAAACUUGCUGCAGUGGCAUGUGUUGGAGCUUUUUAUGAGAAGAUGGGCAGGAUGUUGGGAAGCUCCUUUCCAGACACCAUUAAUAAUCUUCUGAAGGCACUGAAGAGUGCAGAGUCCCAAGGCAGAGGAGAGAUCCUUCUCAGUCUGCAGAAGGUGCUGAGUGGACUGGGUGGAGCUGCAGCGUCAUGUCACAGAGAUAUCUACAAGAAUGCGCGCUCUCUACUCACAGACAGAUCCAUGGCGGUACGGUGUGCAGUAGCAAAGUGCCUGUUGGAGCUGCAGAAUGAAGCAGUGUUCAUGUGGACUACAGAACUGGAGAAUGUGGCCACGCUGUGUUUCAAAGCUUUGGAAGGGUCUAACUAUGGUGUUCGGGUAGCAGUGGCCAAACUGCUGGGGACAGUCAUGGCCACUGCUCUGAUGCCCAAACAAGCGGCUGUGAUGCGUCAGAAUGUGAAGCGGGCUACCCUGGAGGAGGUGCUGGAGCUGAUGGCCACAGGCUUUCUGCGUGGGGGAUCUGGCUUCCUAAAAAGCGGAGGAGAGAUGUUGAAGGGUGGUGCUUCUGUCAGCAGGGAGGUGCGAGUGGGCGUCACUCAGGCUUACGUUGUGUUUGUGACGACACUUGGUGGUCAGUGGCUGGAGCGCAACUUUGCUACAUUCUUGUCCCACGUUUUGGACCUAGUUUCUCACCCACGGGCCACACAGACACACGUUGAGGCUGUGUACUCACGCCGUUGUGUCUCCUUCAUGCUACGCGCCACCCUGGGGGGCUUACUUGGAGAAAAAGCACAAAUUGCUGCCGGCAAAGAAAUCUGCCAAGCCAUCAGCAAACAAAUGAGGGCUGUGGGUAAGGAGGAUGGGGGGGAAAUAUCACGGUUCAGAGCAUUACAGAAGGCAGUAGUAAAUGACAUCAGCGAGAACAAGGCGGGGGCUUCUGAUGUUUCUGCCAGUCAACAUGUGAUGGUGUGCGCCCUAAAAGAGCUGGGGAGUUUAGUCCAGAGCUUGAGUGCUACAGCUUCACCACUCAUCCAGGAGCCAUCUAUUGGACUUCUGGAAACUGUGACUUCAGUGCUGCUGCACCCAAGCAUGGCAGCACGUUUGGCAGCGGCAUGGUGCCUGCGCUGCGUCACCGUGGCGCUGCCCUAUCAGCUGUCUCCAUUGCUGGACCGCUGUGCAGAGAGAAUCAACAACCUGAAGAGCUCACCUGAGGCUGUGAGCGGGUACAGUUUUGCAAUGGCAGCUCUGCUGGGGGGUGUACACCAGUGUCCACUGGGUAUCCCUCACUCUAAGGGCAAGCUGGUGGUGAGUAUAGCUGAAGAUCUUCUGCGUACAGCUGCUCAGAACAGCCGGCUGUCCCUGCAGCGAACACAGGCUGGAUGGCUGCUGCUGGGAGCCCUCAUGACUCUAGGUUCCGCCCUUGUGCGCUACCACCUUCCCAAAAUGCUGCUGCUAUGGAGGAACGUGUUUCCUCGCUCUCAGAAGGAGCUGGAGGCAGAAAAGGCCAGAGGAGACUCUUUUACUUGGCAGGUCACCCUGGAGGGCCGAGCUGGAGCUCUAUGCGCCAUGCGAAGCUUUGUGGCUCACUGCCCUGAGCUUCUCACAGAAGAUGUCAUUCGCAGACUGAUGACUCCCAUUGAAUGUGCAAUGACCAUGAUGUCUCAUGUCCCGGCGAUCAUUAAAGUCCAUGGUGCUCACCUGAAGGCAAGCGCGGCAAUGGUGAGGCUCAGGUUAUACGACAUCUUGGCUCUCUUGCCUCCUAAGACAUAUGAAGGAAGCUUCAAUGCCCUCCUGAGGGAGCUGGUGGCAGAGUUUACUUUGACUGACAACUCGGCCAACACCACCACCUCUCUGCUGCGCUCUCUGUGUCACUAUGAUGACAGCGUGCUCAUGGGCUCCUGGCUGCAAGAAACCAACCACAAGUCCAUUGAGGAUCAAUUGCAGCCCAACAGUGCAUCUGGCAGUGGAGCCCUGGAGCAUGAUCCCUCCUCCAUCUACCUGCGUGUCCCUGUAGGCGAGGCCAUCCCAGGGCCUCUGCCUUUGGGUGUGUCAGUCAUUGAUGCUUCAGUGGCGCUGUUUGGUGUGGUUUUCCCCCACGUCUCCUUUAAACACAGGCUCCAGAUGCUAGACCACUUUGCAGAGUGCAUAAAGCAGGCUAAAGGUGUUCGACAGCAGGCAGUCCAGCUAAACAUCUUUACUGCAGUACUUAGUGCCCUCAAGGGUUUGGCUGAGAAUAAGAGCACUCUGGGUCCAGAGGAGGUACGUAAGUCAGCCCUAGCCCUCGUGAUGGGGGCUUUGGACAAUCCCAAUCCCAUUUUGCGCUGUGCUGCUGGAGAGGCCCUGGGCAGGAUGGCUCAGGUGGUGGGAGAGGCCACCUUCAUCGCCAGAAUGGCACAAACCAGCUUUGACAAACUCAAGUCAGCUCGUGAUGUAGUUUCAAGGACAGGCCAUUCAUUGGCUCUGGGCUGUCUGCAUCGAUAUGUUGGAGGAAUUGGCUCUGGCCAGCACUUAAAGACCAGUGUCAGCAUCCUGCUGGCUCUGGCCCAGGAUGGGUCCUCUCAUGAGGUUCAGACAUGGGCUCUACACUCUCUGGCUCUGAUUGUGGAUUCUAGUGGUCCUAUGUACAGAGGCUACGUGGAACCCACGCUGUCCCUGGUGCUCACCCUGCUCCUCACUGUGCCACCUUCUCACACGGAGGUUCACCAGUGUCUGGGUCGCUGCCUCGGAGCUCUCAUCACCACUGUGGGACCAGAAUUACAAGGAAAUGGAGCCACUAUUUCCACUAUCCGAUCAUCCUGCCUGGUUGGCUGUGCCAUAAUGCAGGACCACUCUGACUCCCUUGUCCAGGCAGCUGCCAUCUCAUGUUUGCAGCAGCUCCACAUGUUUGCUCCCCGGCAUGUCAACCUAUCCAGUCUGGUGCCCUGUCUUUGUGUGCACUUGUGCAGCUCUCACUUGUUGCUGCGUCGUGCUGCUGUAGCCUGCCUGAGACAGCUUGCCCAAAGAGAGGCUGCAGAGGUCUGUGAGUAUGCCAUGAGCCUGGGAAAGAAGGCAGGAGAUGGCAAAGAUAACUGUACAAUCAACAUGAACAUCACAGAGACUGGUCUGGAAGGCGUUCUGUUCGGUAUGCUGGAUCGGGAGACAGACAGGAGGUUGUGUUCUGACAUCCACGACACACUGGGUCACAUGCUGUCUUCUCUUGCCGUGGAAAAACUUUCUCAUUGGCUGAAACUCUGCAAGGAUGUUCUUGCCGCAACUACUGAUGUAGGGGGAGCUGUUGCAUUCGAGGUGGAAAAAGACGAGGAAGACUCUGAGAAAAAAGAUGAGAUAGAUGAUGACACCAUGUUCACAGGGCUGGGAGAAGAUGACAAGUCCAAGCCCUCUGUGGCGCCGCGCUGGGUGACACGUGUGUUUGCUGCGGACUGCUUGUGCCGUAUUCUCCUGUUAUGUGAGAAUGCAGACAAAGCGCACUUCAACCUGGCAGCUGCUCGCUCUGCACAAGCCAAGAACCCCAAAGGAGAUCUUUUGGUUCUCCAUUUGUCUGACCUCAUCCGUAUGGCCUUCAUGGCAGCCACAGACCACAGUAACCAGCUCAGGAUGGCUGGUCUGCAGGCCCUGGAAGACAUCAUUAAAAAGUUUGCAUCUGUACCAGAGCCUGAGUUCCCAGGACAUGUUAUCCUGGAGCAGUACCAGGCCAAUGUUGGAGCUGCACUCAGACCUGCAUUUUCACCAGAUACACCGUCUGAUAUAACAGCUAAGGCAUGCCAGGUGUGUAGUACAUGGAUAGGUAGUGGUGUAGUCAGUGACCUGAAUGACCUGCGGCGAGUCCACAACCUGCUGGUGUCAUCACUGGACAAAGUUCAGGCGGGGAAAGGCUCGUCCAGUCAGCUAUACAGUGAAAGUGCCACCACGAUGGAAAAACUGGCUGUGCUGAAAGCCUGGGCUGAGGUGUAUGUGGUGGCAAUGAAGAUCAAAAAAGAGGCAGAGUCCAAGCCUGCCAAACCAGUCAAAAGUGGGGAUGAGGAUGAAGAUGAGGAGGACUUGGGUGCUGAUGUGCUUCCUCCUGACAGUCUCAUCACCUUGGUGCAGCCAGAGCUGCCAUCGUUGAGCCGCCUCUGGCUGGCCAUGCUGCGAGACUAUGCACUGCUCACUCUGCCUGCUGAGUUCUCCAGUCAGCUGCCACCUGAUGGAGGAGCGUUUUAUACCCCAGAGACUAUUGACACAGCACGGCUCCACUACCGAAGCUCUUGGGCUCCGGUUCUGCAUGCAGUGGCUCUCUGGCUAAACAGCACCGGAUUUGGAGCAGGUCAAGAUCAAGAGGAGGUCUCAUCAGCUCCCUCCAAGCCUCCUAGCCUCCCUCAGGGAUGCUCUUCUGCAACAAAGACCUUUGAGGAGUCUGUGAAAGACAGGAUGCAUCUGAUGCUGGGUGUCAGUAUAGAGUUUCUUUGCUUCCCCCGACCCGAAGAGCCCAUCGAACAUGUGAUGUCUUGCCUGCAGGCUCUGUGCACUCUGCUUGAAUCUCCUUGUGCUAAGACACAUAUUGCAGAAGACCAGCUGCUGGCAGUGGAGCUCUUGAAUGUGCUGCACAGGCUGCUGUUGACCCGGGAUCCCCCUACCAUUCAGCUGCAGGUCACUGCUGUUGUACAAGAGACCAUCAGGGCUGCACUUGAUCAUCUGCAGCAACAGAGAACCAACAAUGGCAAAGAGGAGGAAGGCGAGAAAGACACUCAGGCAAGCCUAGGGGAGGGAGGAGAUACAGGGGAACUUGUCCCUGGGAAGUCUCUAGUGUACGCAUCCAUGGAGCUGCUUGUGUUCAUCCUGGUCCGCCACAUACCACAACUUAAUUCACGAGUGAAGGAGUCACCCAGCCAUGCACCACUCAGGCCGCAGAGACUACCAGAAGAAAGUGCACGUCUGGUGGCAAACACAGUUUCUAUCCUGGCAGAGCUGCCCUUGCUCUGCUCUCCUGCUGGAAGCAUGACAAUCCUACCUACAGUGCUGUACUUAAUCACUGGGGUCCUGAGAGAAACUGCAAUUAAGACUGCAGACAACUCCGUGCCUGUUCCUGUAUCAGCUGCCCUGCAGGGUAUCAAGACCAUCAUCACCUCUCCAAUGGCCCGAGAAGAGAGCAUUCAGAUGCAGUGGACCGGCCUUGUGAGGAGCAGCUUGGCAUCUGUACUUGAGUACUCACAGCCAGAUGAGUCCAGACCUGACAUGGAUGAGGUCAGUAUGUUGACAGCGAUCACGCUCUUCCUUCUGUCAGCCAGUAAUGAACUCAUAGGAGUGGUUGUCCUGCAAAAGGGCUGCAUGGACCGCUUCCGAAAUGCCCUCAACUCUAGUGAUCCGUGGGUUCAGGCCCGUUGUUACCAGCUGCUGUUGUCAGUGUUUCAACACACCAGCCGUGCCCUAUCCACUCCUUACAUCCACGCUCUGGCUCCACUCAUGGUGGAGAAACUAAAGGUGGUGGAACGCAGUCGGCCAGGGACGACUGCUGAGCUGCAGGCUGUGCAGGAGGGCAUCAGAGUCCUGGAGAAUCUGGUCAGCAUGGGUGAAGAGAAAAACCGGGUGCAGCUGCUGGCUCUUCUUUUACCAACUCUAGUCUCUUACCUUUUGGAUGAAAAUGCCAUCUCCUCUGCGCCUCAAGUCUCCAAAAGCCUGCACGAUUUUGCCCUUCAGAACUUAAUGCGGAUUGGCCCCCUCUAUCCAGCUGCCUUCAAGAUAGUAAUUGGUGCAGCACCUGAGCUUAAAACCCGUCUGGAAUCUGCUAUACGGGCCAACCAGGCCAGCAGCAAAGCCAAAGCUGCGGCCAGGCAAGCUCAGCCAACUGUGCAGGCUGCACCAACCAUUAAACUGAAGAAAAACUUCUUCUGAAUGCAACGAUAAUGCACUGUUAACUCUCAAAAUGUAGUUUUAUGUUGUCUUUUUGGGUUUGUUUUCUGUCAGCAAUGUACAACAUGCCAUAUCUGUAUCAGUUAGUUUGUGAAAUGUAUUUAUUUAUUCUACAUUACAUCUUUGUUUAAAUAGAUAAGUAUUCUUGAAGUCAAAAACGUAAUUAUAUAAAUAUAAAAAAAGCCUUUGAAUGUUCACUUAAAAAAAGACUUGCUUUGUAAUCAUAACAAAUUUUGAUUUGGUGAAUGUAUCACAUCCAAACUUGAUCACAACCCUCACUUUUCAAAAGCUGAUGUUUGCUGUGUCCUUUUCUUGGUGAUUUUGCAUCACCAUAAAUGUGGCAGUCCUAUUGUUCCUAUAAAUGAUCUAGUUAGAUAUGCACCCUUUGGGUUUGCUUUCCACUUAUAGAUUUUUUUUUUAUUAUUCUUAUUUGAAAACUUUGCUUUUAAAUUGAGUUAUUAACAUUCGUCUUAUGAGCUGUAGAACAAAAAUGACUAAUUAAUAAUCAAAUAAUAAAUAAUUUGAUUUUAGCAGAACCAGUGCAGAAUUAAAUGCAUUGUAUCUCUUGAUCUGCUGGUAACUGGGGAUAUAUGUUAUCAUUUAGUGCAUAUCAUAUUGAUUGUUUUGCUUAUAACUGAUUUUAAAUCCAAACUAUCUGUACUGCUACCAAUAACUGUUAUCACUAACUAGCAGGUUUGUUGAAAUACUAUUACUCUCUCAAUCUUUGGGAAUUUGAAUAAAUUUUCUUUGACCUGA